UGGGGUGAUGCACAAGUGUGUCUGGUAGGGUGGAGCUCUGACUGCAGGGGCAGGUGCGAUCUGGGUCAGGACAGUUCUCCAAAAUUGGCCUUCCAAGCAGCACCCAUUGCAACGAGCGCGAUUUUAGGUGUCUCAUAGGGACUCACAGGGCAAAACCCAUCCACACCAGAGGGAGAGUUUAAAACCUGCCUCCAAAUUCCUAUAACAUGAGGGAGCCUUUAUCUGAGAUACUGCAGGGAUGGGCGAGAGAGAAUCGCCAUGAGCUCUUAGCAAUGUAGUGCCUAUGACACACAGUUGACCCAUUGUGAUUCCAUCCAGCAGAGGGCGAUGCUGAACAUGUACAAUAGACACAGUACAGUACUGACAGCCCCUCUGUAGAGAGAUGAGAGGUGACUUGUCUGACAUCACCCAGCAGGCGAGGGCAGAGCUGGGAACAGGACCCAGGAGUCCCUACUGCCAGGCCCGCUCACUAACCCAAUUGCUUCCCUUACAGGCGAAUCCUUUCGCUGCUGGCACUUUGCCCCUGCGGGUGGAAGCCGGCACGAUGGCCACGGCCAGCAGCUGGGCGUGGAAGCCCAUCGCAUGGGACGCCCUGCUUGCACGCGCCUACCACUCAUGCGACGUGGUGCAAGGGAAGCUGCUGCUCUUCGGGGGGCUGAAGUCGGGCGAGCCCAAGGAGCCCCCACUGGGGGACGUGGUGGCCUUUGACCCCACCCUGCUGACGGCUGAGAUAGUGGGCCCCGACGGCGGGUACCGGCGCAGCCACCACGACACGGCGGUGCUGGCCGACCGCUGGCUGUGUGUGGUGGGGGGCUGGGACGGCGCCCACAGGGUCUCGGCCGUGUGCUGCUGGGACACCGAGCAGGGACAGUGGGAGCGCUGGGCCGAGGGGCCCUCCAACGACCCCCCUGUGGGGCUCAGCAGCCACACCUGUACCAAGGUGUCGGAGCAUGAGCUGCGGGUGGUGGGCAGGGAGGGCGGGCUUCGCACCCAGCGGCGCUUCGCCAGCAUCUACACCCUGCGUGUCAACCCCACCACCAAGACCUACUGGUACAAGGAGGAAGAAUCGCGGACAGCCUCUCGGGCCGGACACUCGGCCAUGCUGCUCCGUGACGCAGGUGGCUACCAGCUGGUGGUGUUUGGGGGCCGUGACUCCUCCGACUGCGAGGUGGCCGGGCGCUGGGGCAAGGGGAAAAUCCACGUAGAGUCCAUCCAUGCCCCUAAGCUGACAGAGCAGCUCUCCCGUCUGGUUGGCUCCGAGAAUGGCUCACGGCAGGCUCCGAAAGGCCUGAGGCACCAAUCCUGCACGGUGGUGGGUCCCUUUGCGGUGGCUUUUGGUGGGGAGACCCUAACGAAGGGGCGAGACACCGUCUGUAAUGAUCUCUAUGUCUACGACACAAGAUGCUCGCCACCGAGCUGGUUCCGCUUCCCCUGCUCAGAUCGGGGCCAGAAGAGAGUCGGGCACCGCACAUGCCUUUGGAACGACAAGCUCUAUCUUGUGGGGGGCUUUGGCCCAGAUGGGAAGACCCCCUGCCCUGAGAUCUGUGUCUUAGAGAUCCCCUAGUGAGGAAGAGGAGAGAGAUGAGGACGUCCCCCUCCUCGCUGGCGCCCUCCCCACCUUUUCCCUGGCAAUCUUGCCGCUCCUGCAAUCAACCCUGAGAGCCAGCUCUGUGUAUAUGUAAUAAAAGUGCCCCUUGUUGGCCCAGCUCCCCCUCCUCUCCGCAGGGAGCUGCACGCUGGCAUCAGGGAUUUAACUCAAACA